AAAGCUUCUUGCAGCGAGUGGCCCUCCCGGUUGGCUCGCGCCUGGGGCGGUGGCGCUGGAGGAGCUCGAUACGGAGCCUAGUUAUGUCUGGGAGGCGAACGCGGUCCGGAGGGGCCGCUCAGCGCUCCGGGCCAAGGGCCCCAUCUCCUACUAAGUCUGUGCGGAGGUCCCAACGGAAAUCAGGUUCUGAUCUCCCGAGCAUCCCCCCUGAAAUGUGGCCGAAGACACCCAGUGCGGCUGCAAUCAGAAAGCCCAUCGUCUUGAAGAAGAUCGUGGCCCAUGCUGUGGAGGUCCCAGCUGUUCACUCGCCUCGCAGGAGCCCUAGGAUUGCCUUUUUCUUGGAGAAGGAAAACAAGCCCCCUUGCAGGGAGCUGACCAAGGAGGACCUUUCCAAGAUAUACAGCGUCCCUGCCACUCCCAACACCUCUCCUGUGCUCAGCCCUGAGGCUGAGUCCAGUUCCAAGGAGAGAGAGCUGGACGCCAGAGACUUGGAAAUGUUUAAGAAAGUCAGGCGUUCCUACAGCCGGCUGGAGACCCUGGGCUCUGCCUCCACCUCCACCCCAGGCCGCCGGUCCUGCUUUGGCUUCGAUGGGCUGCCGGGGGCAGAAGAUUUGUCCAGAGUCUCACCAGUGGUGUGCUCAAAAUUCACUGAGGUCCCCAGGGUUGGUGCAAAGCCUUGGGCCCCAGACACAACUCUCCCUGGAAUCUCUCCACCACCCGAGAAACAGAAACGGAAGAAGAAGAAGAUACCAGAGAUACUGAAAACGGAGCUGGAUGAGUGGGCUGCGGCCAUGAAUGCCGAGUUUGAAGCUGCUGAGCAGUUUGAUCUCCUGGUUGAAUGAGAUGCAGUGGGGGUGCACCCGGCCAAAUUCUCCCUCCUGUCCCUGUACAUAGCACCCUCCCUGUGGAGAGGACACUUAGGGUCCCCUCCCCGGUCUUGUUACCUGUUUGUGUGCUGGUGCUGCGUGUGAGGCCUGUCCACCUUUGAGGGCUUGGGCAGCAGCGGCAGCCAUCUUGGUUUCAGGAAAUGGGGCUGCCUAGCCCAGCCACUCGCUAGUGUCCUGUCUCUUGUCAUCCUGUCCUUCCUAUCUCCCUAAAGUAGCAUAGCCAGUUUCCAGGUGGGCUGCAGACUGGGGAGGAGAAUCAAUGGCCCAGCCAGAAGUUAAAGGACUGGGGGUUAUGGUGAAGGGCACCUCUGCUCUUGUUGGGAAGGGUAGCUGCUUAGAAACAGGCCCAGGAGCUCUGCCAGCCUUCGCUUCUCCCUCCUGAGUUGCCUUCAGUUGGUGGCUUUCUUCCUGAGCCCAGCUAUGUGAAGAGGUUUUGGAUUCUGUGGGUUUCUUCUUCGAUUUUGUAGAUAGUCCCAGAGAGAAAUCGUGGGCUGAGAGCAGUUCUGUCUUGGAGGAAGAAGCUGGACGUUCAGCCUGUAGAGUCUGGGUUUUGAAGGACAUUGUGGGGGCCUUAUCUGGGUCUCAGACCAUAAGUGUUAACUACCAGAAGCUGUGUUUUCUAGUUCUGAUCUGCUGUUGAGGUGUUUGGUAAAUGUCAGGUUGAUAGGACGCUGGCUGCCUGGAGCAGUGUGCAUUCCGGCAUAUGGCCACCAGGUGCCGUGAGUUUCCGUGGCUCACAGCCUCUGGGCUGGUCCGCUGCACAGGGCCCAGGCUGGAGUCUUACCACUCUGCUGCAGGGGUGGAAGGUGGCCCCUCUUGUCACCCAUACCCAUUUCUUACAAAAUAAGUUACACAGAGUCUACUUGGCCCUAGAAGAAAAAGUUGAAGAGUCCUAUCCCUACUAGCAUUGUGCGACUAUGUUUGUAAAAUCCUCAGAAGCUUUCCUAGCGCGCCAGACGGCAGCAGGGGUUUAUAGCAGCUUGUUUUCGGCCUCCCUACCCUCUCACAUGAGAACACUGCCUGGGAUGCAUCUCGUGAUUUCUGGACAAUUUCCCCACUUUCUCUUCUUUCAAUACUGGUAGAAGGUGUGGUUUCGGAGGCUGCCCUGCCCCCCACUCUCCUGCUGCAUUCCAGGACAUUGGACCUUUUGAUGUUUACAAGUUCAUGGAAGUAGAAGCUGAGGUGUACAGAAGAGCUGGUGGAUAACAGAGAAUGCCAGGGAAGAUGAGCGCCGGGUUAAGGUACUUGGAUGAAAUGGCAUAGGCUAGGCGGGCCUCAAUGAAACCCUCUGCCAGGCCUGGGAGUCCCAGACCAUCUGUUCAAUGCUCUGUGCUUUGUCAGACCUACAAGCAAGCCUAGGUGUCUUUGAGCUGAGCCGUACCAAAGAACUCUCGUCCUCACUGACUGAUGGGGCAGAACUCUUGGGAAAUGUCUUAGUCCUACAAAAUUGGGCUCACCAGAUGAGGUGGAGUUGAGAUCAUCAUUGCAAACUUCUCUGUUCCUGAGGAACUGAGUUUAAGGGGGAAAUGGGGUUUUGUUUUAGAGUUGGAAAAAACUCUGAUUAAAGGGUUUCUGGCUG